AUGGCUAAAGUGUCAGCCUCCGAAACUUUGGCGCCGAAGGUGAUGGACGUAGGAGAAGGUGAACACAGUGAAGCAGAACCUAGUGGUGGUGUGCGAUUAAAGAAGGAAUUAAGUCUCGUUAAUGGGGUGGCGAUAAUUGUCGGAGUCAUUGUUGGUUCGGGUAUCUUCGUCUCUCCGAGUCUGGCCUUGAAGUACGCAGGUUCGAAGGGUAUGGCCCUUAUUGUCUGGGUCCUCUCCGGUUUCCUGUCAAUGAUCGGGGCGUUAUGCUAUGCGGAAUUAGGUACCAUGAUUCCGAAGUCUGGCGGCGACUAUGCAUAUAUCGGGGAGGCGUUUGGACCUCUACCAGCAUUCCUGUACCUCUGGGUGGCGUUGUUUGUCCUGGUCCCCACUGGCAACGCCAUCACGGCACUAACAUUUGCCAAAAAUAUACUUCAACCUUUAUGGCCAGCUUGCGAACCACCGACAGAUGCUGUUACUUUAAUAGCUGCUGUUAUUACCUGUUUCCUGACAGCGAUUAAUUGCUACAACGUUAAAUGGGUGACUCGAGUCCAGGAUUCGUUCACGGCUGCCAAAAUACUAGCUUUGCUUGUAACGUUUUGCGCCAGUCUCGCGUACCUUUUCUCUGGGCACACAGAAAACCUUCAGUCGAUGAUGCAGGGAACUGUCACCAAGCCCGGAGAUAUAGCUAUCGCAUUCUACACCGGAUUGUUUUCAUAUUCCGGUUGGAACUAUCUAAACUUUGUGACCGAGGAAUUAAAGGAUCCAUAUCGGAACUUGCCAAAAGCGAUAUGUAUAUCGAUGCCUGUGGUCACCCUGGUAUAUGCCCUCACAAACGUGGCUUUCUUCGCUGUUCUCACGAAUGACCAAAUAAUGGCGUCGGAGGCCGUUGCCGUCACAUUCAGUGAUCAGAUCCUCGGUGUGUUUUCCUGGGUCAUGCCUCUGUUCGUGGCAUUAUGCACGUUCGGAUCUCUAAACGGUGCUAUUUAUGCAUCGUCCCGAUUAUUUUUUGUCGGUGCGAGAAACGGACACCUGCCAUUAGCGAUCUCUUUGAUAGAUGUGCGACGUCUGACUCCUGUGCCAUCUUUAAUUUUUAUGUGUCUGGUUACUCUCGUCCUGUUGCUGUCAAAAAGCGUGGAAUCAUUGAUAGUCUAUGUGACAGCAGUAGAAGCUAUUUUUAUUCUGUGCUCCGUUUCCGGUCUGCUUUGGCUGCGGUACACGCAACCAAAUCUACAGCGACCAAUACGAGUCAGCCUUCUACUCCCGAUUUCGUUUUUGAUCCUCUGUACCUUACUCGUGGUGUGUUCGUGCUUCACACAUCCCCUAGAAGUGGGUGUCGGUGUUGCCAUUAUAGCUUUGGGGGUGCCAGUGUAUUUAGUGUUCAUAAUGUGGGAAAAUAAACCCAGCUGGCUGCUAUCAGCCUGCAAUUCGUUCAACGUCUUCUGUUCAAAAAUGUUCUUAUGCCUUCCCGAAGACUCGAAAGAAUUAUGA